AUCAUUCUCCACAAACAUGUCGGUGUCAUCCGAACUGCCGACGGUAGUCUCAAAACCUCCAAAAACUCGCACAAAACUUCCAAUUUACCUGGUUUCUGCAAUUGUUGUGGCUCUUGUGAUAAUUGUUGUUGUUAUUAAUAUUCUCCACAGACUUCCUGAUACUCCUGAUAAUUCUGACAACACAAAAACUACAGUAUCCUAUUUAACAACAAAUGCAGUCACGUCAAACCCUAUAACAAGUCCAUAUGAAUUCACUACAGAAGAAAAUGUGAUAACAAGUACAGCUGGAAGCAUGUCAACAUCUGAAAGUGAUUCAUCCUCGAGCAGUUCAGCAGAAGAUCAUAAAGAUGGAGAGAACAGUACAUUAGUACAAGUGACAGUCACAACUACAGUAAUCCCAAGUACUACGGUAGAGGAGACGACUGUACAGUUCACAUCGACAUCAGUUGGACCAUCAGAAAGUGCUGUCUCUACUUCAACUCUAACAUCUGAAAUUACAACUGACGUCUCUGAAGCUUCAAGUGAAACCUCAGAAAUACAAUUUCCAACUUUAAUUCCUCCAAUUGGCGUCGAAUGUGGCAAAACUUGCAGUGUUUCUGUUGUCGAAUCGAUUCCACGUGGAAUAUGGUUUGCAGACCGAGUUCACACAAAGAAUGCAUUUGAAUCAUGGGCUGAACUUCUUGGAACUGCUGAGAGGGAGAUUGACAUUUUUGCAUUCAAAAUGAAUUUACGGGGAAGAGAAUUGAAAUAUGAUGUAGACAAUUCCACAUUUGAAGGACGUCAACUCUAUAAUAUACUUGAAAAUCAGGCGAAAUCAGGAGUUUUGAUUAAACUAAUUGAUUGUCAACCACCAGUUAUGCCAGAAUAUGAUUAUGACGCUGAUGAAUUAGAGAGAUUAGGAUUAAUUCAAAGACAAGGAUUGGAUAUGAAUACAUUGAAUGGUGGAUCAGGAGGUGUUCAACAUAGUAAAACGUUUAUUGUAGAUGACAAGCAUUUAUUUGUUGGAAGUAUGAAUUUCGAAUGGAAAUCGUUUUCACAAAAAAUUGAAAUCGGACUGGAAUUCCACGACUGUCCAUGCAUUGCCAAAGAUGCUUCCAGAUUAUUCGAUCAAAUGUUUGGAUCACUCUCUGGUAAUGAGAAACUCGAAACUGUAGAUUUCCAAUCACAUCGAAUUGGAAAUUCCACUUUCCAAUUUCUGGCAUCUCCAUCUUUUUUCCUUACUUCUUCUCAUAGCUGGGAUCUCGAAGCACUUUUAAAUCUGAUUUAUGAAGCAAAUGAUUUUGUUGAUAUUUCUGUAAUGCAAUAUUUCCCUUCAUGGAUCUAUUUUAAGAAUAGAGAGUUCUUCUCUCAAAUCGAUAAUGCCAUCCGAAUGAGUGUUUCUCGUGGAAUUAAAUUCCGAAUACUUGUAUCUGGAGAUCAAAAAGAAGAAGAAAAACUUAUGUUUUCCUGUUUGCAUAGUCUUUCUGUUUUACAUUCUCCAACGGAAAAUAGAAAUAUUCAAGUGAAGUUCAUUUUAAUUCCACAAACCGCUCAAGAAGCUUAUAAAGAUCGUAAGAUGCAUGCAAAAUUCAUGAUUUCCGAAUCAAGAACCUUCAUUGGUUCAUCGAAUUAUGGACCUGAAUACUUUUACAAAUCAACUGGAACUGCAAUUAUUGUAGACGAAGAACCACAUUAUGGAGAUAUCAAUAGACAAAUAAAAGCUGUAUUUGAACGAUACUGGCAUAGCACGUACUCACAAAAACUUCAAAAAUACGGUGAAUCAAAAGGUUAUCUUCCAAAAAUUUCAAAACCAUCGAACCCAUUCUCCGGAUGGUUUGGGUUUGAUCAAAUAGGAGUAUUUAAUGAGAAAUACUCUGCUGACGGACUAGUUUACGAGAAGAACCAUGGAGAAGAUCAGAUUCUCGAUCCGCUUAUUUUCAUUUAAUUUCGUGUAUAAAAUUUCAAUUGAUAAAAUUUAUUUUCCGUUUUUUAUAGCACAAGAAAUAAAAUAUUCGCACCCGAAAAUUCAAAAAA